AUGCGGCGGCACAUGGCAUCUUCAGCGCGGCCCCUGCUUCGCGGUGUUGUCUUCGACUUGGACGGCACGCUGACGGUUCCCAACCUCGAUUUCCGGGAGAUGCACGAGAGAUGUGGCGUUCCGAUGGGAAAGGACCUUCUGGCUGCCGUUCGGCAGAUGGAGCCUGAGCAUCAACAAGCAGCGUGGAAUGUCAUCGAGGAGAUGGAGGAUGAGGGCCGGCGCACACUGGAGCUUGCGGAGGGGGCUUUGGAUUUGGGACGUUGGCUCCAGAGGCACCGCCUUCCAACGGCCAUGGUAACACGUAAUUCUGCCUCCACUGUCCAGUGGAUGCAUGACAAGCUCUGGGGUGCCGCCGGUCUGCCCUGCUUCCAUCCGGCGCUCAGUCGCGAUGAUGUGGAGCACGACAAGCCUCAUCCAGCAGCCCUCGAGGCAAUCGCCAAGGAGUGGGGCCACCAACUAGGCCCUGAGCUGCUUAUGGUCGGCGACUCGCCCUCGAACGAUAUUGGGUUUGGAAAAGCAGCAGGUAUCUCCACUGCGUUGGUAGAUCCUGGACGGAGGUUUCGUACGGGCGACUCGGGUUAUGGUGCGGACUUUGUCAUCGACAGUCUUCUUGAACUUCCACAUCUUCUGUGGAAAAGUUUCGACAUUCCAGGUCCGCUGGGGUCGACAGCACAGACCCUCCACGGGAUGCCGGAUCCUUUGCCUGAGACUGCAGCAUGCCGCGCAGCAGUUGAUGGAGACGUGACCGCCUUGAAAGCAAUGACAAGGGAGGACCUUCGGGCAGCCGAUCCGAGUGGAAACACCCCGCUUGUUUGGGCUGCCGAUGCUGGGAACGCGGACGUGGUUGAGUCACUGUUGGCAGUGGGGGUGGAAGUCAAUGUGAAAGGAUACCUUGGAAACACUGCGGUGUCACGAGCUUGCCGCCGUGGUCACGGCUCAGUGUUGCGAGUCUUGCUGGGUGCAGGAAUCGGCACGGAUCUGGACGAGCCCAACGACAAGAUGCAGUCGCCGCUGCAUUUUGCGGCUUUCAAGCAGAACAUGGAGGCCGUGCAACUCAUGCUUGCUGCUGGGGCCAGCACCACUUCCCUGGACCGCAAGGGCCGGACUCCCGCCGAAGACACGAGCGACCCCGUAAUACGUGAUCUGAUUUUACAAGCGAGGGCGGCGACCUGA